AGCCGAAAUUUGAAACUUUUUAGCAUGCAAUUUCGUUGCUUAUUGGCUCUGCUGUAUUAUGUCGUAGAAUGUUGGAUUUUAAAUCUCGAUUUUACCUUGAGAGCGGAGGUUAGGGGAAAACGAGAAGAAAAAGGGCCUAAUGAACGAGGAGGGAAAAUGGAGACGCAAGGAGAUGAUGGUCACCCUUACAUUCCAAGAGAUCUGAAAUUGCCUGGUUAUGUGCCUGUGAGCCUCUCUCAAUCAACCAUAAUUAGCGUUUUCGGAAUCUCUUCUCUAUUGGUCGUCUCCUUCAUGUGGAUCCUCUCCGGGCGGUUUCCAAAAAUGUCAAAAACUGAGAGACGGCUAAUGUGCUGGUGGAUUUUCACGGGCCUGACCCACAUUAUCCUGGAGGGAUAUUUUGUAUUUUCCCCAGAAUUCUACAAGGAGAAGACUUCGUUUUACCCUGCAGAAGUUUGGAAAGAAUACAGCAAAGGUGAUUCAAGGUAUGCAGCAAGGGAUUCUUGUGUCGUCACUGUUGAAGGGAUUACUGCCGUUUUAGAGGGUCCAGCCUCUCUCCUUGCUGUGUAUGCUAUUGCAACAAAAAAGUCGUAUAGGUACACACUCCAACUGUCCAUUUCUUUGGGGCAGCUCUAUGGAACUGCUGUAUAUUUCAUCACAUCUUACUUGGAAGGAGACAACUUUGCUGCGAGCAUGUAUCACUAUUACGCAUACUACAUUAUAGCUAAUGCUUCUUGGGUUGUAAUUCCCACAAUCAUCAGCAUAUACUGCUGGAAGAAGAUAUCUGCAGCACUUCAAUUGCAGGAACUGAAGAAGACCAAACUACGAUGAUGCUGAGUUUGUACGGGUCAUUGCUCAAGAUACAGCUUUUAAUUUGCUUUGUCAAGAAAUAUUUGAAUUCAUCAUACAUUGAGCUAGUGACACCAACAUUGGCAUACACUGAUCAUUUUGAGGUUUAUCAUUGAGAAUUUUUCUGAUGAGCAUUCACAUGUUGAUAACUUAAACUAUUAAUGCAAAGCUUGCUGCAAUUUGUUCCAAUA